AACAGUGGGGAUAUGUUCAACAGAAGCAUCAUUCUUGGCUCAAGAUGAUAUUAAUCUCAAAGCUAUUUCCACACGGGAUACAUAUAGGUGAAGCACAGUGACCUUUAAACUUGUGUGUCAAGUUCUCAUCAUCCAGUUAGAAAAAUACGAAAAGAUAUGACUGCUAUUGAAAAGGAAUAUAGAAUAGUACCACUUCAUAAAAGACCAGACCUAAUUCCAGACUGUUGUACAUUACUGAAUUCUGAAUGGCCAAGAAGUGAAACUGCACGGUUAAAAUUUCUGAAUGUAUCAUGCGAUGAGUUUCCCACAUGUCUUAUACUAAUAGACAAAGAGGACAGAGUCCUUGGUCAUUGUAAAAUAUCUUUAAUACCUCGAUUACGUCAUAGUUGUUUUAUACAAUCAGUGAUAAUUGACUACCAGCGUAGAUCUCAGGGUUUAGGAUCUAGACUACUACGUGGAGCUGAGGAACAUGUAGCAAAGAAAGGAAUUAAAAAUGUAUAUUUAAUAACUAAAGGCCAAGAACUUUUUUACCUAAAAAAUGGAUAUAAAACCUGUGAUCCAUUUAAAGCAUCAGGCAUCAAUGAUGUUGUAUAUUCUAGUGCAGCAUUUACUAAAGCAAAGCUUAAAGAAAAAAGUACACAAUAUUGUGGUCCACCACCACCUCCAAUGCCAAACUUUCAGAUGCCAAAGUUCUAUGAUCUAGGUAUCUUAACACACAGAACACAUAUGGUAAAAAGAUUAUCAUCACAGUAACAGUUUUAUUUUUUUCAAGAUUCUUUUAUAUUCCACAAAUGUAUAUUAUUUAUUUAUUUAUCUAAAAAAUUAUUUUUUUAAUUGCUUUUAAAUACAGAAACACUUCUCAUGCA